UCAAGUAUUGUAAUCCUAGCUGAGAGUAAUACUGCAGAAGUCAGCUCUCAAUGUGAAACCUGGCAUACGUCAUACUGGUGGAGGGGACUUUCCAAUCAAGUUUAUAUUCAGUGUUUCCACUCAAAGAUCACACUUUGCAGCUGUGAGAUGUCAACAGAACAACAACAAACAGAAAAACGCUACGAUCCAGAUGAUCGUACACUGAAAUUUGUGAAAAGGAAGGAUGAGAUCACAGGAGAUGAUGAUCCGAAUAUUUUGCGAGCAGAAAUGUCCUGCAAACAUGCAGUUGAUCCAAACACACUCACUAGUUGGUGUCGAAGCCUUCUAGAUCAGGGUCAGUAUAAAUUUUUCUGCCCAGCACUAAAGGAGGGAACUACUGAGAAAUGUGGACAAGAAUGGCCCUAUGAUGAAGUUCGCAAACUGGCAGUUCUGACCACAGAGGAGCAACGAUACUUUGAAGAAACUGUUGCUGUGUUGGCUGCAGCUGAGCACUGCGAAUACAAAUCAUGUCCGGGAUGCGGCACAUUUGUUGAACGCGAAGACCUGACUAACCUAAAUGUAAACUGCAUUAUCUGUACUGCUGAGAAAGGGAGUAUUUUCGAAUUCUGCUGGCAAUGCUUGAAACCAUGGAAAGGACCCGGGCCACGUUCUGACCGAUGUCACAAUGAUGGAUGCACCAACAUAGAAUUGGAUACACUACGCAACUGCCCAUUAAUUGACCUCCCAGACACAGUCGUGAAAAAUUGCCCUUCUAUUCGGGCCUGCCCUACUUGUGGCAAGCUGCUGGAGCACAGCCAAGUUGGGUGUAAAAAUAUUAGAUGCACUAGGUGCCGUGUUGAAUUUUGCUUUGUCUGCCUUGAGCCAACAGUUAUUUGCCAGGCAACCAGACAAGAGUCAUGGUAUGGUCUUUGUGCAAAAGAGAUGGCACCAAAGCAAAAUUCAAUACCAGUCUGGAAACAAAGAGGUUCUCACUAGAUGUAUUACCGAUGAUGUUCCCAAUAACAUAACUCAAUGUGCUGUUUACAUGUAAUGUUGAUGAAAUCUGAGCGAGCUUGUGUGGUGAAAUGUUUGAUUAUGCUUGCCUGGGAUGAUGAUUUGAAUUGUCAUAGCUUGAAGUAUGCAUGUUGAGCCUUACAUUUCAAAGCAUGCGGGAAUGUGAGUGAUUGGCAUUUAAAAGGAGGAGAGAUUUUCCUCAGUCAUUUAUGUUAAAUCAAAAGCUGUAUGAAGGAAAUGGAAUCUUCAAACCAAAUAAAGGUAACUUUACAUUAUAAA